AGAUUGCAUUGAAUGAGCUUGUUUGGCGUUUCUCUUGAAGCUUUGAGGCCAUCCCCACACAUUCCGUCUAACGCACCUGAGGCAUCCUGUAACCUCAGCUGUAGCAGCAGAAUCUCAGAUGCGAAUCAGAGAACAAAAGGGCCUGUCGUGGCAGGUGAGGUUCAGGUGGAUGCAUACAGCUGUUUCCCCUGCUGACAACCUGCAGCGGUUGGAGGACAAGGGGGACUCAGAGUUGGCCAAUGGACCAGAGUCUGACAACACCUGAGCUCUGAACAGAUCUGCUGCCUCCAGUCGUGGGUGAACAAAGGAGGUGAGACGAGGUUGUUCCUUCCCACAAUCUUACACCCCUGGGCCUACUGAUCCGGACCACUGCCCCUGCACUCGCUCUGCCUCUCCCUUCUCCCCACUCUCCCUCUCUCUCACUCCUCUUGUUUCUCUCUCUGUCUCUGUCGCUCCACCCUGGGGCGGGCAGACUCUGGGGCAGUAGGAGCAGGGCAGCAGUAGGGGCUGAUUGAUGCUCUGUGGGGAUGAGACCUGGCUGUUGAAGGCCAGUGGAGACGGCCCCCAUUCUCCGCUCGCCUGGCUUCAUGUGCGUGCCUGCAGGCUGCCCUACGCGCAGCAGCAGAGCCACCCCCCGCGUCAGCCACCACGGCGGCCACCCCAAGCCACCCAGACAUGCCCACCGAGACCCUGACGCCGCUGGCAGAUAGCAAGCCCCCCGGCCAUGGGGCGGCCUUUGCCUCCACCGUCCCACUGCGCAUACUCAACAAAGGGCCCGACUACUUCCGGCGCCAGGUGGAGCCCAACCCUAAGCGGCUGAGUGCUGUGGAGCGGCUGGAGGCGGACAAGUCGAAGUACGUCAAGAGCCAGGAGGUCAUCAACGCCAAGCAAGAGCCUGUUAAGCCCCCGCUGCUGGCCAAGCCGCCUGUCUGCCCUGCCGUGGCUAAGAGAGGGGCGAAUGGGGGCGGUGGGGGGGACCUCAAGGCAUCCAACAACAACUCCAAGUCAGACACGUGCACCACCACCAGCAAACGGGAGAACCUCAAUCUGGAGAUCCUUAAGAACCUCUUGAACAGCUCCGGCUCGACCUCUGAGGGCCACGCUAAGAGCGCUACUCUAAAGCCCGGGGCCAGGAGCUGGGCCCCCCACCGCUCUAUCCCCACCACUACGGACUGCUCUGAGCCCACCAGCCUCCAUUCCUUCUCCGAGUCCCUCAAGGUGCCUCCCCCUGUACCCGGCCGACGGAGCCCACAGGGGGGCAACGGCCAGGGGAGCAACCUGAACCUCAGCCGCCGCCUGCUGGAGGAGCGGGGCGAGGGCAACCGCUCACCCCUCCACGCCUCCCACAGCUCCUCCGACAUUCGCAGGCUAUGCAACGGUAAGCCUCUAAGGGUGGCCCGAAGUAGUAGCAGCUCCGCACCUCCCGUACCCCCUAAGCCCAGCCCCAAAGUCCUUGCCCCCCUCUGUGACAACGUCCCCCAGGCCCCUGAGAGCGAGGCCACCCCCACGCCGCCCUCCUCUGCCGCCCCAGCUGAGCAGUUGGAGCUAGAGCUGGGGAGCUCUGUGGCCCGCCGGCCGUCCCUGCAUCGCUCUAAGUCGGACCUGAGCGACCGUUACGCACGAGCCGGUGCCGACGUGGAGCGCUUCUUUAACUACUGUGGGCUGGACCCCGAAGAGCUGGAGAGUGUGGGCGUAGAGAGCUUCGCCCGUGCCAACUCCGACAUCAUCUCCCUCAACUUCCGCAGCGCCAGCAUGAUCAGCUCGGACUGCGACCAAUCACGGCACAGCAACGAGGACAUGACGGACGAGGAGGAAGAUGCGAGCGAACGCGUGCCUUACGGGAUCUCGGCCGUAGAACGCAACGCCCGCGUCAUCAAAUGGCUGUACAGCAUCAAACAGGCACGCGAGUCGCAGAAAGUAUCUCAUGUCUAAAAGAGAGGGAAGAAACAAAAAAAUAUAUAUUACCGAUGCAAUGAAGAUCUUUGGACACUUGCGCACUGAAUCUCUCUGAAUGUCAAAGUAUUGAUCAGGCAAGGCGCCCGUGGAUGGCUCUUGCGGUCGCUUUCGCGUUCAGUGUUUGUUGUCCUCUGAAUCUGCAUGACUCCUUCCACCCAAACCCGCCAGUGCGGCCUCCAGCUAAAGCAGCAGGUUUAGGAAAAAAUUGCCUUUUUCAAGAUGGCUGCCGUUCAGUGCCGUCUUUUCGAGCAGCGCAGCUCUCUCUCUCAUUGUUUUGCUUUCCCUGUUUAGACCAGCAUUAUGAUGCCAGCUCUUUUUAGGUGUGUCUUCUUAAUGUCCUUUCGUUCUGAACAACACUAAGCCUGGAAGCCAUACGGGUGUGAAUGCAGCGCUUCAGUGUGUAACCAGUCUUUAGUCUGAUAAUUCUCUCUGAUGCAUCUGAGCUUUGUGUGUGAAAAAAAAACUCCCCUGAAAAAAGGACUGUGGAAGCAUGGUACAGUCCAAACCUGCCUCACCCCUUUGGUACCUGGAGAGUUUGUUUGGUACAUUCCAGACCCAGACCCUGCCCCCUUCCUGGGGAAACCCCAGCUUAACCCCUCUCUCAGCAUUACUAUGGCGAUAACGUUCAGGCAGCAUCAUGAAACCAUUCAGCAUUACGUGGUUUUUGCUUCUGUUUAGUUUGUUGUCCAUAAUGUUCUUAUUGACAGUUGGAUUUUGUGAUACUGGCUUUUCUUUAAGAUGUGUGUAAAUGCUGUAAGAAAAUGUAUAUACAUAUUUUUUUUUUUUUAUUGAUUUUUGUCAGAGGACGCCUGUCAAGGUAACUUACUACAUUGUUCAGUCUUCUCUCUGGGCUUGACUGUGAGACCGCGUCAAGCCCUGUUCAUGAUCAAAUGUGUAUGACGUUGUUAUGAUGACAUACAUGGUUCAGUGUAUGGGAGUUGGAACUGUUACAGUACUUAAAAAUUAAGGCAAUUAAUUGUUUUCAAUGUUAGUUAUUUUGCAUUAUUUCAAUAAAUGGCUUGUUUUGCCAUCUGCCAUCUACGUCGAAAAAAUGUGAGUAUUAUUUCAUUAAAAUUAUAUUUGAUGAGGAAA